AUGACUCAAUUUAGCGCCUCGCCUAGAAGGCAUACGCGGGAGUUUGUGGUGGCAUUAUUUGGACCUCAAGCCACACACUGGACACAAGACAGUCUUGCUAGUCUCCAAUCCGACUUGUUACAGAACUCGAACCUCGAAUUCCUUGUCAAGAGUCUUCUCGAACUGCCAUCACUAUGGGCCUUACUGGAGCAGGACUAUGGCUCCGAAGGCUUUCAUGGCGCAGAUAGUCUCAAAGAACUUCACGAUUUCGCAACGGGAGAGAAGGGUCUAGACUCGAAGAGUCUCACCAAUACCCACCUGGCUCCCUUGACAGUUGUAUCUCACGUCAUCGAUUUUAUCCGAUCUAUCGAAAAUCCAGGUACUCAAGAGAGUUUAUCGGACUUUGAAGCGGCUCAAGGAUUCUGCAUUGGAUUCCUUUCGGCAGCGGCUCUUUCUUCGGCAAACGAUUGGUCCGAUUUUGAACGGAACGUAUCUAAUGCGAUUCGAUUAGCGGCAUGCAUAGGUGCUGUUGUCGAUGCGGAAGAGGCAUCGCAUGUCGCUCAAGAUAGGGCGACGGCAAUCUCCAUCCAUUGGAAAACGGCAGCCGACAGAACCUAUUUGGAAACAUGCCUAGAUAGCAUCCCUGAAGCAUAUAUAUCCUGUAUUACAGAUGACAAGAGCCUUACCGUCACGCUACCGAAGGGUAGCGAAGAAGCAUUCUGCGCACGUCUGCGCGAAUCUAGAAUAGCAACUACAUCAGUUGGUCUUGACGGGUGCUAUCACCACUCGAGACAUAUCGAAGCUGCCAAUAAACUUGUUAAGCUCUGCAACGCAAACAGCGACCUUAGGCUUCCCGAUGCUGGAAGUUUGAGAUUGCCCCUGAGAUCCACAGCAGAUGGUAGUAUAAUCAAGACUGGUGCCCUUCACGAGAUUGCCAUUCAAUUGAUCCUUUGCAAGCGAGCUCACUGGUUCCAAACCGUCAAGUUGACCUUGGGUGAUCUUAUCCCUGACAAGGCAACAUUUGUAUCCCUCGGAACCAAGUCUUGCAUUCCCCGCUCCCUCUCGACCAGCAAAUACAACCAUGACGACGGGAAUGCGAUUGAAGAGAUCGCCGUCGUAGGAAUGGCAUGCCGAUUCCCCCAAGCCGACACUCUAGAGGAGUUCUGGGAGAUCAUUCAAGCCGGAAAAACCGCACUUAGUACUAUGCCACUUGAGCGAUUCAACCCAGCCGAAAUUGCUCGUGAGCCCAAGUUGACCGAGUACUGGGGUAAUUUUCUUCGCCGUCCUGAUGCUUUCGACCACAGAUUCUUCGGCAUAUCCGGUCGCGAAGCCAAGUCUAUGGAUCCACAACAGCGGUUGGCGUUGCAGGUUGCGUAUGAAGCGCUUGAAUCGUCGGGAUAUUGCGUCAAGGAAACGAGCUCUAGAGUAACAGAUAUAGGCUGCUAUCUUGGCGUGGGUUCCGUUGAUUACGAGGACAACAUCGAAUCCGAGAACGCGAACGCAUUCGCAGCCACAGGAAUGUUGAGGGCGUUCAUUAGUGGUCGCAUUAGCCAUUUUUAUGGAUGGACCGGGCCAUCUAUUACAUUCGAUACGGCUUGCUCAUCGUCUGCUGUAGCUAUACACACAGCAUGCAAGGCACUUCUUGGAGGGGAAUGUUCUAUGGCGCUGGCCGGAGGAGUUAAUGUCAUAACAAGCCCUACUCUGCACCAGAAUCUCGCUGGGGCAUCUUUCUUAAAUUCCAACGGUUCCUCUAGAGCUUUUGACACAAUGGCUGGUGGAUACUGUCGCGGUGAAGGCGCCGGAAUUCUCGUCUUGAAGCCGCUCUCGCGAGCAGUGGUAGAUGGCGAUACUGUGUUGGGAGUGAUCGCAGCUUCGGCAGUUAACCAAGGCUCCAACUGUAGUCCAAUUACAGUCCCAGACUCCCGGUCUCAGAGUUCGUUGUAUGAACGUGUGCUUACGACUGCACGGAUAAAACCUGCGGAUGUUACUUAUGUCGAAGCACACGGCACAGGCACUCCGGUUGGAGACCCUAUUGAGUAUGAGAGUGUUCGCAUGCACAAGAUGAUCCCGAAACAGGCCAACUUCGUAUCGCUCAAUCCACGCAUCAAGGCAUCUUCUUCAAACAGGAUUAUAGUGCCAAAGGCGACACAACCGUGGACAUCCCAAAAACAUGUGGCGCUAGUAAACAAUUAUGGAGCUGCAGGUAGCAAUGCUGCGAUGCUAAUUCGCGCGCAUUCAGAGGGUCCCUUAGAUUCAACAUCGGGGAUUAAAGAUCAGGCAUCUUCCACCGUCUAUCCAAUCCUCAUCUCUGCCAAAUCUUCAAGCAAUCUCCAGUUGUAUGUGGAUGCACUGAAGGCAUACUUGCCGCGGACUGAAGCGUCGCUUGGGAGUAUCGCAUAUAACAUAGCUCGAAGCCAUAAUUCAGCAUUUGACAACCGGAUAGCAUUUACUGCAUCCGAUAUGCAGGGCUUGUUGUCUGGCCUGGAUAGUUUCACCACGAGCGGUAGUAUGGUGACACGCACGAACAAGUAUCCGGUAGUGCUAUGCUUCGGUGGCCAGACCGGUAGGAAUGUUACUAUUUCGAAGGACCUAUACGAUAAUUGUGAUAUCUUUAGAAAUAAUUUGUCGUGGAUUGAUUCCGGACUCGAGGUGGACACUGUGAUAGGGCACAGUUUUGGACAGCUCACAGCGCUCUGCAUAGCUGGAUCAAUUUCGUUGGAAGACACCUUCCGCCUCAUUUCUGGUAGAGCCCGUAUCAUACGGGAUAGCUGGAAUACAGAGAGCGGAGCGAUGUUGUCGGUUGAAUGCGACAAGGCAGAGAUUGAAGCCGUAGUACAGCGGUUAAACGCGAUGGAUGACUAUCGUGUGGAUAUCGCUUGUUAUAACGGUCCCCGCAGCUUUGUCCUCGCUGGAGAUACACGAUCAAUCGACAGAGUUGAGGAGGAAUGUUCGUCCUUCAAGAAAACUCGACUUCAAAACACCCAUGCAUACCAUUCUUAUGUUGCUGAUGGUAUAUUAUCCGAUUUGAGGGGGUUGGCCGAGUCAAUCAGUAUACGAACCCCUCGUAUUCACGUCGAAACUUGUUCUGCCGGUGGUAACUGGUCGCUCUUCACCGCGGACGAGGUGGUAAAACAUACCCGACAGCCGGUAUACUUCGCGGAUGCGAUUGAAAGGAUAUCUGCUCGUCUCCCCUCUGCUAUAUGGUUAGAAGCUGGCUCAGCUUCUCCCAUAGUUCCUAUGGCACGCCGUAUAAUCCCUAAGGCUGAUAGGUCGGACAUCUUCAUACCUACGGAAUUAGGAAGCGUUGGUGCGACGGCUAACCUGGCAAAUGCUACAUGCCAGCUCUGGAAGGCAGGGUCAGCGACGCAACACUGGGCUUUCCACCAGUCCCCCAGUAGCCGCUACAUGAGAAUAAACCUCCCGCCUUAUCAGUUUGACAAGACGAGUCACUGGAUCGAAUACAAACCUCGGACAAAAGUCGGAGUUAGCGAAAAUCCAAAUGCCACCUCCAAGGCAUCAGGUCUUGUAAGUAUCUUAAAGAGCGGUGCGAAGGGAGAGCAUUUAUUCUCGGUUGAUACCUCCAAUGUUAUCUUCCAACUAGCUGGCCAAGGCCACGCGGUCACGGGCCAAAGCCUUUGUCCGGCAUCCAUGUAUGUCGAACUGGCUGUUAGAUGUGCUACUAUGCUACUCGACACAGUCUAUGCGACUAAUGCGAUACCUCAUGUCGAAGGUUUGACAAUGUCGGCACCUCUUGGACUUGGUGCCGGAAUUCCCGUGUUUAUGCGUCUUCGCAAUGUUGCACGAGGGUCUUGGAAUUUUGCGCUCUUUAGCCGAUCAUCUAUGCAUGGAGAUGCGGGAGGCAAUGAAACCGAGCACGCCCAAGGAGUUAUAAGUUAUAUUCCAGUAGAUGAUGCUGUGGCAGAGAGUCGAUUAAAAUUGUUGCGAAGGCUCGCUCGAAGUUCCGGUACGGAUCGGAUUAGGAAGUUGCCCUCGGCGACUGGAGUGAGUGGCGCAAUGGUGUAUAAACUAUUCUCUGACGUCGUCGAGUAUGCGAGUUAUUAUCGCGGCGUCCAAAAUUUGUCAGCAGUGGACAACGAGGCGGUCGGCUUAGUCACGGUUCCGACCGAUCAGCCACUUGGUAUGGACGCCGGCAUCUGCGACCCAAUUUCCCUUGACAACUUCCUUCAAGUUGCAGGAAUCCAUGUUAACUGCUUGUCUCCACGAAAGGACGACGAAGUUUUCAUGUGUACUGCAGUCGAAGAAGUUAUUUUCUCCGCCUCCUUCAUGUCAAACAGGGUUCAUUCUCGUUCAUGGACUGUUUACACCCGCUAUGAAGCAACGUCAAAUUCCGUCAUAGCAAACGAUAUUUUCGUUUGUGAUGCUGCAUCUAAGGAAUUAGUCGUGGCCAUCAUGGGCGCGACCUUCAGGAGUGUCCCUUUCAGAUCUUUGUCGAGAAGCCUCAGCAGACUCAACAACAAGAGCGCACCCAACACCAACAUUAUCCUUGGCCCUACUGCGAUAAGCCCACAAAUUAGCGACAGUGAUAGCGACGAUGCAGAUUCGGAAUAUCAGAAGGGUUAUACCCCGUUAACAGAAUACGAGGAAGAGAAGCUGCCUGCUAAGCAUGGAUAUUUCUCACACACGCAGUCUUCAUUGGCAUCAAAUCUUCAAUCCCUUGGAAUCCAGCAGUCCGUAGAGGAAGUGACCCAAACUCCUGAUAUUGUCCGACAAGUACGCGAGAUGUUCAGUGCUAUAAUAGAGAUUCCGGUGGAGGAAAUUGAGCCUUCGUCGAGCUUGGAUGACCUCGGUAUCGAUUCGUUAUUAGUCACUGAGGUUUUGGUGGAAAUCCAGAGCCGAUUCCAGGUUAAGAUUACGCAGGCACAAUUUCAAGAAUGUACUGAUGUACUCGACGUUGCUCGCUUCAUCCAACCAGUUGAAAAGACCAUCAAGUCUCAGCCCCCUGUUGAAAAGCCAGGUGUAAAGCAUAACACCGCUGAGAAGCUCCUCAAUAGUAUAUCGGACUCUGUAAGUCAGUAUGACGCAGAUAAGAUUGGAGAGAAUCUUGCAAUUGCGAGCCGCGAAUGUUUCGUUGAAGCAAAACCCUCAUAUGAUCAACACGCAGAAACAACUGGGUUCAAGAACUUCAACACAGAUGUUUUCCCCCUUCAAUCGGAACUCGUCGUCCAAUAUGUUCUAGCAGCUUUCGCUUCUCUGGGCUGUGUGGUACCAGACUUGAACCCCAGAGAUGAGGUGCCCAUGAUUCGGUUUGAUCCAAAACACAACAAGGUUGUCCCUCAAUUGUAUAAGAUUCUGGAAGAUGCCGGUCUUUUGAAAAAGGGGCAAGACGGAGUGCUUCGUCGCACCGAGAAAUCGAUUCAAAUGGUACCCACUCUUCCUCUUCAUGAGCAAAUGCUAAAGUUGUUCCCAAAGCAUACCUCCGAGACGAAGCUUCUGUAUGCAACAGCCCACAAAUUGGCUGAUUGCCUCACUGGGGCCGCCGAUCCCAUUUCAUUAAUAUUUGGGACUUCUGAUGCACGCGCUCUUCUUGCAGAUGUCUACACGAACGCACCCAUGUUUAAGACCGGAACUCUUCUUCUUUCCCAAUACCUAACAUCUGUACUAAAGCGCUUUAAAGGUGGCCGCGAAUUGAGAAUCCUCGAGCUUGGUGCUGGUACUGGAGGCACAACGAAAGACGUUGUUGAGAAGUUAGCUGCGCUCGGUCCCGAGUACAAGUUUUCGUACACAUUCACCGAUCUUUCGUCUUCACUUGUUGCGGCGGCUCGACGGAAGUUUGCGAAAUGGCCUUUCAUGCGGUAUACUGUGGUUGAUAUCGAGAAAGACCCGAACCCGCAAUUCCUAGGCGCCUAUGAUAUCAUCAUCUCAACCAAUUGCAUACAUGCGACCAAGAGUUUGGUAAACUCGACUACCAAUAUCCGCAAGAUGCUAAGCCCAGACGGAAUUCUGUGUCUGGUAGAGCUAACGCGUAACCUAUUUUGGUUCGAUCUGGUGUUCGGUCUUCUAGAAGGCUGGUGGUUAUUUAGUGAUGGUCGUAAACACGCCCUGGCUCGCGAGACACUAUGGGAGAAGGAAUUGAAUGCCGCUGGAUUUAAUUGGGUGGACUGGAGUGAUACGCCGGCUUCCGAAUCCCAUAUCUUAAAGGUUAUCACGGCUUCCCCGUACGCUGUUGAUGCUAAGACGACCGGUGGCCUACCCAAUGGUGGAUUACCACUGAGAGAGACCGUUGCCUUCAAGCAAGUAGAUGGGGUAGAACUCCAGGCAGAUAUCUACUAUCCUCCAGAGGUAGUCGAUUCUGGACGAACUCUUCCUGUAGUAACGCUUCCCAAUGGCCCUAUGUCUGAUGCUGCCGAUGCAUUAUUAUGGAUUCGUACGGUUCUCCCGAAGCUCACGCUUUCAAGGCGUGAUGUUCAUAUUGACGCAGAAAGAGUUGUGGCUGUGGGCUGGUCAAGUGGAGGACAUCUAGCUAUGUCUCUAGCUUGGACAUCUUUAGCCCGUGAAAUUAAACCUCCGUCGGCUAUUUUGGCGUUUUACAGCCCGUCAGAUUAUGAAGAUUCGUUCUGGAUCGAGCCUAACGUCCCUGCCGGCUCAAGGGUCAUGAAUGGAGCCACAUCGUACGAAUUAGAUGACCAGGUUUGGACAGGUAUUUCCGACCAUGCCAUUGUUGGUUAUAACCCUCCUCCUACAAAACGAGCAUUAGGUGGCUGGUUGGCGCCUACCGAUCCUCGCAGUCGACUGGCCCUAUACAUGAAUUGGCAUGGCCGCACACUUCAUACGAUUCUAGGCGGGCUUGACAAGAAUAACCGAAUAGAGCCGCAGAUUCCAGCAACUGAGCUUAUCAAGGCCGUCAGCCCGCUAGCGCAAGCACGAGCGGGUAGAUACACCACGCCAACGUUUCUCAUUCAUCCCCGAGAGGACGACCUAGUCCCAUGGCAGCAGGCCGAGCGCACGUGGCAGGCACUGCAGGCAACGGGAACGGAGGCUCAACUGAGGAUUGUGGAAGAUGUUCCGCACCUUUUUGACCUAUACCCAGAGCAUCAGAGCAACGAAUUCCUCGCGGGAAUCGUGGCCGAAGGAUAUGAGUUCUUGUGUCAACAUGUUGGUUUGAGUGAUUGA